GUGACUCGCUCUCUCUCCACGAGAAUAAUUCACGAUUCACCAUGUUAAAAUGACGAAAGAACAACGCGCAUGAAACAUAAAUUAGCAAGCUCGUUGCUUAUUACUCGCUUUUUUUCUAUCUUUACUUUUCUUUUUCCUUUCUCUCGUCCUUUCCGUGUCUCUUUCUCUUCUCCUCGGUCGUGAUGAGAGCCUCGUGAUGAGGCACAUGAUACGAGUGGCAUGAAACGCAUUGUUUUCGGCCAGUCGAGCCUACCGUGUAAUGAGACCUGUACAUGCUCCCUCCUUCCGAAAAAAAAAACAAAACAAAAAAAUAAAAACAAACAACUACUCGGUGUUCUCUGAUACAGUUCUCUCGGAACAUCGCGCACCAAGUGAAAUUAGCUCGCGUAUCAACAUCUGCAUUUAUUGUAUAUUCCGUAUGGCAACACUCGUCCGUGAAAGCUCGAAAGUCCGUUGGGCUUGGCUUUUCUGCUUUGUGUAUGUCUUCCUCGCUGUCAUACUUCCCGUACCAUUGGUCAACAACCAUAAUUACAGUAUGAUUUAUUCCUAAUUCAUUUUAAGGAUUUCCACCGUUUUAUCUACCAUUUUAGAGGCCGAAUAAAAUAUAAAGAAUGAGAUCUUCCCUUGUGCGCGAACUUUGAGUAGGUCGUUGACGGUUGAGAGCUCAGUAGAAUAUUAAAAUAAGAAUAGAAUUAAAAAAAAAAAAAAAAAAAAACACGCGCCUUUACAGUGAGGAUUUGAGUGAUGGAAAGCUGGGGGGGACAAAAAAAUAUGAUUCCGUUGAGAAACUUUGAGUGAUCGGGAAAGUCAGAGCUUUCGGCGGAACUCGUGUAAUUUAGUGUGUUUCGUGGAAUCAAGGAGGCGGGAGAGCAGGGAGUGUGGGUGCUCCGAAUCAAAGUCUUACGUUAGUCGGUGGUGAAAUUUCAGAGAUCGGCGAGAGAGCAGCGUCGCCGUCGCCGUCGCCGUCGCUGUCGCCGUCGUCGUCGUCAUCACUGUUGUCGUGGCCAAUCACCCACGGCUGUGCUGCGACGCGCCCCCAAGAGUCCCCGACGCCAAGAGCCACGAGACAGACAGACGGAUAGACCCUUGUCCGGGCUCUCGUUUUUUCCAUUUUUUUUGUCUCUCUUCCCCGCAACAGAGUGGUGCAAACAAGUGGAACUUGCCGAGUGAGUGACACAAGUUUUUGGGGUUGGGCUCCUUUCUCCGGGGAUUGCGGGCUGAUCCGGAGGCUCGUGGGGAGGGGGAGAGCAACUCUGUGCGCGAGGGGGCGCCGGAGCAACGACGAGGGCCGCGAAAAUAAUUCGGAAGAUCUCAUCCACCGGCGCAGGCAGUCCGGAGACUGCUGGUUUUGAAGCUGAGAGUUCCACCUCCGGGAAAGGGGCUGCCGGAGGGAGGAGGGCUCGCGGAAAACUCCUCCGCAAUUAAGCCCAACGCAAAGGAAGCCCGUGAGGGCCCGAGAGUGCUGACGGCUGCCGCCGGGAGCCUCGUCGAGUUGAAGCACGUGGCUAAGAGAGUCGACCGCGGUAAAAGAAGAAAGCGGGCGAGCUGCCGCAUCGGCUCGUUCGUGCGUGCCUCCCUCUACCUCCGCGUAUCCCUAUUCCCUGUGUCAGUGUUUUUCUCAUCGUCUUUUUAGUGUAUACCCCGGUCACACUGAGAUCCUCGUCUGAAACAACGCGGAACUACGAGAGUAACGGGGAGUGCGACGGACCUCAAGCAUGUAACACUUUUUUUCUCUCUAGAGAACUCCGCUUCUCGUACACACGAAGGCUCGCGAGCCCCCGCACACGCCGAGCAAGAACAAGAGCCACUCUUCUCCCUCCUGGCUAGCUUCGCUCUGCCGCUCAAAUUGGGAGAUGAGAGUCUGACCUCGAGUGGGCGUUACACCGUGGCCGAGAAAAGUGCGAAAAGGGGGGCGAAGACCCCUUUGUUUUUUACCAGCGUAUUCCACGACGGAGAGACUGAGACACGAGCUACUAAUUCACUGAGGAACUGCGAGAGUUUCCUCUCUCGCCCUUUCACCACGCUCGCCACCCCUUUCUAGUCAGGCCAGUGGAAAGCUUCGUCGAGUCAAGAGGCCCGGCGCCCUCGUUCCAAGUACUUUUCUCCACAUCCUCGUAUCGUCGUUAAGCCCCAUUGUCAACGCCUCAUCUUCGUUUUCUCGUGUUAUACAGACCCCCCGCGCCUCUGUCGAACGUGUAGAAACAAACAAACGAAAACUUGUACGGUGCAAUGUGUACGAACCGGAAGAACGCCGGGAUCGGCGCCUCCUUCAGCAAGACCGCGAAACUCGCCCUCCUCGACGGACCCCUGCUACCUCGCCGCAUCAUUCUCACACUUGCUCUCUGCUUCGGAACUUUCGUACAACGAAAUCAUGCGAUAAUCACCAACCAGGAGAUCGUGAGGAUGACGGAUGCCGACGCAGUCGCCGGGGGAAUCGCUCAAUUACCGUGUGACGUCGAGCCCCCCGUACCCGGGGAGAAACUUCAGCUCGUUAUUUGGUACAAGGAAGGAACUGAUACUCCUAUAUACAGCUUCGAUUCCCGAGAAACCGGAAGUCUCGAGCAGGGAAUGCACUGGCAGGAUCCGAACCUUAACGGACGUGGAUCCUUUUCGCACGCGGACAAACCAGCGAGCCUUCGGCUCGAAUCGGUGCGAGAAAGCGAUGCGGGUCUCUACCGUUGCCGAGUCGAUUUUCGACAAUCGCCAACGCGAAACAGCAAAGUUAAUCUGACCGUUAUAAUCCCUCCGGACCAGUUGAGCAUCCUGGACGAAGACGGAAGGUCCCACAUCCGCAACUACAUUCUCGGUCCUUACAGCGAAGGCUCCAGUCUGAACAUAACGUGCGUUGCAACUGGUGGUCGGCCUCAACCUCGUGUCACGUGGUGGCAGGAAAACGCUCUUCUCGACGACAGCUACGAUACCGUCGGCGUCAAAAGUGUUCGGAAUGUUCUUCGCCUUGAGAAACUAGAGAGGAAACAUCUUCACGCGGUUUUCACUUGUCAAGCUUCUAACAACAAUAUGGUUGCUCCAAUAUCGAGCUCGGUCUCCCUUAACAUGACACUAAAACCACUGUGGGUAAGAAUACUCGGAGAGAAUCGUGCGUUGAGCGCUGGAGCAACGUACGAGUUGAGUUGCGAGGUCGUCGGUGCGAGACCCGUUCCGGAGAUAAUCUGGACCAAGGGCAGCAUGCUUUUGCGGAACGCCAGGCAAACUUCGGAACAAGAUGGUAAUGUGACGACGAGUACAGUGACCUUUGUACCGAGCAUUGAGGACGCUGGAAAAUUCGUCACCUGUCGCGGUGGUGUAUCCGAGAUUCCUGGAUCCGCCCUCGAAGAUUCCUGGAAACUCGAUAUUCAUCAUCAACCAGUGGUAAGCCUCGAGCUUGGUAGCAAUCUGAACGCGAGUGCGAUUCGCGAGGGCAUGGACGUUUAUUUCGAGUGCAACAUUCGUUCGAAUCCUUGGGUGUACAAAGUCUUUUGGCAGCACAAUGGAAAUCCACUGUACAACAACGCGGCAACCGGAACGAUCGUAAGCAACCAAAGUCUUGUGUUGCAAAGCGUGUCGAGACAAAGUGCUGGUAGAUACACGUGCAUCGGGAGCAAUCAGGAAGGCGAUGGUCGAAGCAACGACCUCAAUCUUGACAUAAAAUAUGCGCCCGUCUGCCACCAAGGGCAGACACGGGUGUUUGGGGUCGCUCGUCAAGAACCGGUAACGAUACCCUGCGAGCUUGAGGCGAAUCCACCUCGGGUCUCCUUUACAUGGAAAUUUAACAACACAAUGGAAGCGGUGGACAUUGCCCAAGAACACAUUAGCACUGAGGGAACCCGAUCGAAGGCCGCUUACACUCCCAUGACCGAACUCGACUACGGUACUCUGCUCUGUUGGGGCACCAAUGAUCAGGGCACUCAAGUGGAACCAUGUGUUUAUCACAUAGUCCCAGCCGGACGUCCCGACACUCCCCAAAACUGUACGAUACUCAACCAAACAACAAACUCGUUGUACGUCGAGUGCACCGAGGGUUUCGAUGGAGGCCUCCCCCAAAGAUUUACCCUGGAGUUGGAAAUGGACGACAGUACCAACACCCUGGAGGCUCGUGGGCUCGUGCACAAUCGUACCAGCAAAGAGGCCUCGUUCGGGGUGCACGGUCUCACACCGGGUUCGACUUACCACGCCACAAUAUACGCGAGCAACGCGAAAGGACGUAGCGAAGCAGUGCGUCUGCGAGCGGCGACUCUCAAUCUUCCUGAGAGACGAACCGUAGGUGAGAGCAGGCUGGCGCAUCCACCCUCCCCGGAGAACUGCACCAUUAAGGAGGAGAGUCGAACGAGCGUGAGAGUCAGCUGUGCUGAGAGCGAAUAUCUUGACUCAAACUCGGCAACGUACGUCCUUCAAGUGUUUGAUGCUGGAACAAGGCAUCUUCUCGCCUCGGCGACGAGCCUAACCCCGAGCAUGCUCGAAGUAACCGAUCUACCACCCGAAAGAAGUCGUUCCGGCCUUGUUCUCUUUCUUCGUAUUAUGACCGCCCACGCCAUGAGCAACGCCACUGUACUCCAGAGUCAACGGUUCCUUCAGGAGCAGGGUAAGAGCCCUGAGCAUCGCAGAUAUCCAGCUCUGACUCCGGUGAUCCUGUCGUUAUCCGGACCCCUUCUCGGUGCGAUCGUUGCCGCAGCUGCUGGUCUCCUUCUCGUCGUGUUUGUCAUAGUACUUGCUGUACGACUGCGAUAUCGGCCGAGGAAUCGAGAGGACAAGGAUUCCCACGACGACGGUGGCAUGUCCGAUCUUGCUGCUCCCAUUGACAAAUCAGGAUCUUCGCUUCCACCGAGCUCCGCUAGUGCCGAGAGCUUCGACGAGAAAGAUCCUGACAUAAUACCACAUGCCAACGAAAACGCUUACACCGAACUGUCCAUGGGAACGUUGCCGCGAUACGUUCUCCAGCAAAAGCCCCAGGUGUCGCAACAACGACCGGAAACUACGUCCUUUGGUACCAGCGUGAAAAAUAUUGAAUUACAGCAACUGCAGCAAGGAGCCGAAUUGACGUACGCUGAGCUGACUCUCGGCUGCAACCGUCGCGUGCCUCCGAACUGUUACGAGCCCGUUCAAAUUUCGAGCGUCCAUCGUCCCCAAUUGCUGCCAAUGUCUACCCUGGGAAAAAGGAGACCAAAUCCAACAACGAUUCAUCAUCUUCGCCACGAGACACCAACCGUUUAUGCUCAAGUCGCCAAUUUACCGAGCAAAGCGAUUUACGUAACGCCCCCACCGCCUCAUCCUUAUCGCGGCAGCCACAGUAGCACGAAUACGGAUGAUGCCACGGCGGAGACUCCGCUCAUCGGAUGUGAUUAUAAGAUCCCGACGAUUGCCGAAUCGACGAGUACCUUGAGCUGGCGUACAGAGAACCCUGUAACUUCGACGACUUCGACAACAUGACUGUACGACGAGGAGGACGAGUCCGGCGCGUAAUGAAAGAAAAAAAAAAAAAAAACCAACAACAACGAGCCUGAGACAGCUUAUUUCCGAUUCUAUUUCUCGAUCGAUGCGAGACUCGACAAUGAAAGUAGACAAAAUGCUCAGUUUUCAUUCUUCCUUCCUAUAUUUAUUUUUCUUUAUUUCUUCCAAUAAUACCGUUUAUUUGCGAGCGAAAAAAAAAUAAAUUAACGAAAGAUUAAAAUAUGAAGACUAAGAUCCGUUUUAGGGUACAUUCGAGAUUAAACUCUACUCUGGAUAAUCCGUCCGAAAAUUGUUGAAAGCCUCUCCUCUUUCGAGCCGGAUCGAUCGAUAAAAUCCGUGUCAAUUGCCAUUUCACCCGAGACUCGAGGUUAAGAAAAAUGUUUCUGUAACCACGCACACACACACAUACACGCACACAGAGUUUUUGAUUUUUCAACGGUCGAGAAUACGCUCUCAAGAGAAUCGUUCGUCUCGCGUUCCAAUCCUUCCUCCUCGUUGUCCAUGUCGUAUUCAUUUGGAAGAGAUAGUCGGCGAAACUUCCAACGGAUAUCGACAUAAGCGCGUGCCAUUAUUACCACUAUUAUUAUUAUUCAUAUUAUUACCAUUAUUAUUAAUUAUAUGAAAAAUGACAGUUCGAGUACUUAUUCGUUGCCAGAGAAAAGAAAUAUACUUUUUACUAUGGUAUUUAUGAAAUGAAAGAGGAGAGAAAAUUGAAAAAAAAAGAAAAAAAUAGAAAAACUUUUACGAAUCGUUCGACACUAACUUGUUAUUUUGAGAAAAAAACAAAAAAAAUGAAGAACAAAAGGGGAAAAAGAGAAAGAGAGAGAGAGAGAGAGAGAGAGAGAGAGAGAGAGAGAGAGAAAGUGUAUAUCCGUUGAUCAGGGUUCUCAAUUGUGAAUUAGGCAAUUUGAAUAUAAUAUCCGUUCAUCCCGUGACUAUAAUUGAGACAAGUCCGCGCGCUCGCGUUGAUGAAGAAAAUAAACGCUGAAUAAACGUUAAAGUUAAUUAUUAAGAUAUACCACACCGGUCGCGACCCGAUGAUCCACCGGACGAGCCAUAAAGAUUCAGUAUUUUGUCAGAUAUUGAAAUUAUAUAUGAUACUAGUAUAUAAAGAUAACGUUAUUGACUAGUAUUACUAUGGUACUAUAUUAAAAAUGAAUAUAUUAUACACCGAGGUGGUCUUUAUUUACGGUGUUUGCUAUGAAGAACACUCCUCCGCGAGCAACUGAAUGUUUUCAGGAAAAAAAAUGUACGUGAAACUCAAAAUUCUUGACGUAUGUAUAUUACGCCUCCAUCGUGAAAAAAUGUUGACUUAAUUAGCAACACAAGUUACGAUACUUUUUAAUUAUAUUUUACAUGAAUACAGUAUUCUGGAGAAUGGUACGAAUUUUCAUGUUUUCCCUUCAGUUGCAACAAAUUAAAGAUUGAGAAUUUGACCUGUAUAAAUACGCAUUUUAUAUUUCUUUAAUUAUAAAACGUUUGAAAUACUUUUUACUACUGCUUGCAAGAUGAAUAGUUUCCCGAUUAAUUAAUAUUCAAGCUCAUUAAUAAUUUUUUUACCAGAAAUAGUCACCAGUGCGAGAAAUACAACUUGAGUUUUGGAAUAUUGAAAAUGCUAAUGGAAGGACGAAAUAAGAAUGGCGUAAAGUAAAAAGUGCAUAUUGAUGAAAGGAUUUUCGAGACACAGCUUGGAAACAGUGACAGUUUCAGAGACAUUCGCAACGAUUUUUGGGUCGUUUUGAUCUGAGGAGGAAUAAUAAUCGAAGAACAAUCUAAACGAAGACCACCCUGAUAUUAACACACUUGAAAAUCCACUGUCUAACACACAUACACACAUGAAAACAAACGAAUAUGGAUGUAAGUAUACGCACCGACGUAUGCGUGGGUAUAAAAUAAAAUGGUUAGGAUCUUUAUAAUUUUCAAUAAGAUAUAGUUAUUAUACAUUUUUCGUCUUAAGAGAAGAAAAAAAAAUGUGCUCAACGAAUUUCAAUAAAUAAGAUUUUUUGCUUAUGCCAAUAAAAAAUACUGUUACAGAGGA